AGUUAAAGUAGAAGUUAAAUUAAGAAGUAUAUUAAAAAGUAAAUUAAAAUCGGUGUUGCUUAGUGUUUAUAGACGGAAGAAGGGAAUAUGGAAGGUGAUGCCAGGUUCAAUAAUGUGUCGAUGGAUGAGGACAUAAUAAACAAUAAUGUGGUUCAGUCGCUGUUUUUCAUGCUGUACACGAAUAUCUUCGUGCUCGGGAUAUUCGGUAAUGUUUUAGUGUGCUACGUGGUUGCAAGGAAUAAGGCCAUGCAGACGGUGACGAACCUGUUCAUCACUAAUCUGGCCCUAUCCGACAUACUGCUGUGCGUCCUGGCCGUGCCCUUCACGCCUCUAUACUCAUUCUUAGGUAAAUGGGUUUUUGGAAGUGUGAUCUGUCAUAUGGUGUCGUAUGCACAGGGUAUCAGCGUGUACAUCUCUACCCUCACGCUCACGUCUAUCGCCAUCGACAGAUACUUCGUCAUCAUUUAUCCUUUCCACCCGAGGAUGAAGCUCUCCACCUGCGUUUUCAUCAUCAUCACUAUAUGGCUUUUCUCCGUACUGGUCACCUUGCCCUACGGCAUUUACAUGAAGCAUUACGAGGCCAAUCUGACAAAUCUGAAUGUAACCAAUCUCGAAGGAUACGACUACAUCUACUUGUGCGAGGAGAAGUGGCCGAGCGAUUACAUCCGUCAGAUAUUCGGAGGUGUCACCUCCCUAAUGCAGUUUGUAAUACCAUUUUUCCUGAUCGCAUUCUGCUACGUCCGAGUAUCCAUUAAACUCAACGACAGGGCUAAAAGCAAACCUGGCUCCAAAAGCUCGAAGAAGGAGGAAGCGGAUAGGGAGAGGAAACGCCGCACCAAUCGCAUGUUGAUUGCAAUGGUCGUGAUCUUCUUGGUGUCUUGGCUACCGUUGAACCUCUUCAACGUGGUCUACGACUUUUACGGCCACCUCAACGAUUGGUCUUACUACUUCCUCUGCUUCUUCAUGGUGCAUUCCGUCGCCAUGUCGUCUACUUGCUACAACCCGUUCCUCUACGCUUGGUUAAACGAGAACUUUCGCAAGGAGUUCAAACAGGUCUUACCGUGCUUCGAUUCGAACCGAUCCGCCCCAAACACCGCAAAGCCCGGUGGUAAUUACCGGUCCGAAAGGACGUGCAAUGGAAACGAAACGCAACAGGAGUCCCUUCUGCCGACAAGCGGCAUCCAUCGUGCCGCCUCCCUGAAGAAGCCAUCUCCUCCGCCGAAACUGGACAGCGUCGAAGUGGAGAACAUCAUAGUGCCAAACCUUACAGCCGUCUACGAUACAGCCGCCGACACCGUCAAGUUGAAGCUCAUCAUGGAGGAGGAUCCGCCACCGUACGACACCGUCAAAGAAUAAAUCUGAAGGCUUCCCGGGACACGGAGAUGUUAAACCCCUCAAAGAAUUAUUAGUAAAUUAUUCAUUCCCCCAACUGUACAAGCCAAGGACUACCCAAUUCUUCAGCUUCAAGGACAUCUCCAUUCGCAAAACCUAUCAGGAUUUAAGUUAAUCCCCCAAAUAAAAGUAUUCACGUACUUCUAAUUACCUUUUAAUCUCUGUGUCACGAUUAGUAUUAUUAUUAUUGUUUUAUUCACAUGGAAGAACAAAUAUUUUUAUAUGUGUGCUAAUUUCAUGUCAACGGCUUUCUCUGUAUAUAAAUGUAACGGAUAGAAGAAUUUCAAAUAAACACAUUUUAUGUAUAUAAGGGAUUUUAUCUGUGUAGACAAUAUAUCUUAUGCUGCUUAAACGAUGAUCGAUGUAUAAAAUAUGUAAACCUAAAUGAAAUGUAUUGAUGUAACCUAAGUGUAAAUAGCGUCAAAAUAUUUGUGAUAGUAUUUAAAUGUGCUUCUAGCGUUGAGAGAUUACAUAAUUACGGGACGGACAGUGUUCGACGGGCCCCUAAAAUAAAGUCGUAUAUCUGCUCGUUCCGUUUUUAUAUGCAAGAAAAUGUACCACCUACGAAAAUAACUACAUAGUCUUUAGGAUACGAAAACAACAAACAAAUGUAUGCUUCCUGUUUAUAAUUGUAAUUUACGUUAUAUAAUAAAGAUUA